AUGCUCGUCUCUACUGCUCUUCUCGUUCUCUGCUCAGCAGCCUUUACGGCAGCCACGCCCGCUCCAGCCCAAACCCCCGAGAAAGACUUCAGUUUCUGGCUCGGCGGUCCUAUCCUUGAGAAAUGUCUCGCCGAAGGGAACUGCGAGGACCGUCUUCUCGAUAACCCGUACUAUGUCGAGUCAAAGAAGACCAGCCAUGCCAAGCGAUUCGACUGCCACGGCAAAGGUAUACACACUGUCGUCACCACCGGCAAGAACUUUGUCAAACUUGGCACCUUCAAUCCCUACGAUCUAUUCCACCACGUAUAUGACCUAUGCCACGAAGGAGGAUGCGAUGGUGGCAGUGACUGGGCUCGAAGUACAAAGUACGUCACUGCCACCGGCGUCUACUCGAAGGACAUCAAAGUCAGUGCACAGGGUGUCUACUCUGGGUGGGAUGUGCGCAAUGCUCUGGCGCAGUCUCUUGCGGAUGCUUCUGGGCGCAACCAGGUCUGGUCUCAGGAGGUCGCGUGCCCAAGCGGAGGACGAGCAUGCUCACUUGUCAAGCUUUGGCAGGGAUACGCACCCAACUUUCAUCAAUCUGCUAUCUACAACAACUGCAAUCAAUAUGGUUGGAUGAAUGCCAAGACUGAUGGUCUUACUGGAAUUACUUCAGGUGGAGAUUGCAAGUCGAUUAUUGAGAAGCUUGGAGCUAUUGUUGGAGAGGCGGUUCCUUACGGGGCGGGAACUAUCCCACUUCUCAGUGCUCUUUGUGGUUAA